AUGGACAGCGUAUCUACGCCGCUUUUGCAAACAAUCGAGCCAGAUGAACCCAUGGAACAUACCGUCCCCUCGGGCCACAUUAAUGUGGGCUCUGGGCCGAGGGCACCUGUGGUACUCUCUCCCGGUGCUCGAGCAUCACAGCCUAUGGCGACCAACGCGAGUGAUGCAGAAGCCGGUAUAGCAGGCAUACUCCGCCAAUCAGCACACCCACUGGCUCUACUGUGCUUAUAUUUAUUCAGAAUAGCAGCCAUCGCAGUAUAUGUGCUGUGCGGCUUCUUCACGAACAACUUCGUAAUCUCCACUGUCAUGGUGGUGGUCUUACUGGCCAUGGACUUCUGGAACUGUAGAAACGUCGCCGGACGAAUACUAGUUGGCCUACGAUAUUGGAACCAGGUAGACGAAGAUGGCGAAAGUUAUUGGGUGUUUGAGAGUCGGGAUCCAUCGCGUCCUGCCAAUCCCGUUGACUCAAGAAUGUUUUGGAUCGCUUUAUAUGCCUUCCCUCUCUUCUGGCUAGCUCUUUUCGUUGUCUCCUUGCUGAAAUUCAAUAUUUCAUUUAUCCCGAUCGUAGUGCUCGCAUUGAUUUUCAACUUCAGCAAUGCAGUUGGCUUCACCUAUGCCGACCGCGACGCCAAGCAGAAGUGGGCAAACAACUUAGCUUCUUCGGGCUGGGGUGUGGGGAUGGGUGGCUUUGGGGGGCAGGUACUUGCUGGUGUGGUAAAACAGAGUGUCGGGAGAGUAUUUAAAUAA